CCGCAGGAGUACCCCGAGGAGGGCCGCGCCAGCAUCUACCGCUCCGUCAUCAUCAACACCUCCAAGGAGAUGAUGUGCUUCAGCGAUUUCCCCAUCCCCGAGGACUUUCCCAACUACAUGCACAACUCCAAGAUCAUGGAGUACUUCCGCAUGUACGCCCGGCACUUCGACCUGCUCCGCCAUGUCCGUUUCAGGACCAGCGUGUGCCGCGUGGCCAAGCGCCCUGACUUCGCCACCACAGGCCAGUGGGAGGUGGUGACGGAGAGCGAGGGGAAGCAGGAGGCGGCCAUCUUUGACGCCGUGCUGGUGUGCACCGGGCACCACACUGAGGCACACCUCCCACUGAGCACCUUCCCAG